ACCGCAGCGCGAUCUCUCCUCCCCCGCCCCUACCCUGCGCGGGCGCGCUCUCUGGCGUCGGAGUUGCGGGACAAUGACGCGCCAUUUUGUCCAGUGUCUGUCGAACGGUCGCGUCGCGCGUCGGGGUGUCGUCGUCGCGGGGUUGUUCGCUGCGCGCGAGCGAUUAAAUCGGAGUGCGGUGCGGUGGUGAUAACAGAUAUACGCAUACGCACGCACGCACACGUACACGCGCGCGCGCGUGCGCCCGGACUUCCUCGCGAGACCGCGAGGUGUAAUAUGUAUUGCGCGCUCCUCCGGUGCGAGGUGCCUGUGCCGACGACGACGACGACGACGACAACAACAACAACGACAAAGACUUCCCGCGCGGCGAGGAAGAAUUGCGAGCCGCUACGACGGUGGACGUAGCGUCGCGACGGCGCUCGACGCUCGCAGCGGAAGAAAGGAAUCCAGAGGAGCGUGGAUGGCGACGACGGCGGCGACGAUUCCGUCGCGAGCAACAGCCGCCGCGGUUCCUGUUGUCGCGACAACGGAGAGCGGCGUUCAGAUUUAUCUAUAAUCUAGCACUUGGGCGAGAAUGCGCACUCCUGCUGAAACCGAGACUCUGGCGCAACCCGAAAUGUACAACCUGGAAACCGAGGAAACAGGAACGUCCGCGGACGUAAGCGGAGUAGUUUUAUCAUCUCCGCAUCCAGAGACUCAUAUAUUUACUAACAGCAUGCUGUGCAUUCAAGAAGAGCUAGCUCAGUUGAGUGAAAUCAGGGGAAGCCCCGAACGGCUAAUCACCGAGUUGCGUGAGGUUCAAUUGCCCAAUAGUAACCUCAAUUCCGCGGGUAACUCCAGCGAUGCCGCGACAAAAUGCGCUUCCGGAUCGGAAAGCAUCGAUUCUCAACGAUCGAGUUGGGUCGAGGGCAUCCUGGGAUGCAUGCGUCCCGUCUGGACCAUGUUAUCGAAGGCUGCUAUUAAUGAAAAAAUUAAGGGUUUUUCAAGUAAGUCAUCAGACGAUUGGGAGAUACCCUUCGAAGCAAUCAGCGAGCUGCAAUGGCUCGGAUCCGGGGCUCAAGGUGCAGUAUUUAGUGGGAAAUUAAAUAAGGAAAUAGUAGCUGUAAAAAAGGUGAAAGAACCGAAAGAGACUGACAUACGCCAUUUGCGAAAACUCAAUCAUCCGAAUAUUGUACACUUCAAAGGAGUGUGUACAAAACCUCCUUGUUAUUGCAUAAUAAUGGAGUUUUGCCCAUACGGACCAUUGUAUGACCUUCUAAGAGCUGGAGAACCGGUUCCUCCUGCUAGAUUGGUGUCAUGGUCAAAACAAAUUGCUGCGGGAAUGGCGUACCUUCAUGCUCACAGAAUUAUACACAGAGAUCUCAAGAGUCCAAAUGUUCUAAUAGGACAAGGGGAAGUAGUGAAAAUCAGUGAUUUUGGUACGAGUAAACAGUGGAAUGAGAUUAGCACGAAAAUGACUUUUGCUGGUACAGUGGCAUGGAUGGCGCCGGAGGUAAUCAGGAACGAGCCUUGCUCAGAAAAGGUGGACAUAUGGUCAUACGGCGUUGUACUGUGGGAAUUACUGAGCGGCGAGAUACCUUACAAGGACGUAGAUUCUUCCGCUGUUAUGUGGGGAGUGGGCAGUAAUUCUCUUCAUUUACCAAUUCCUACCAGUUGCCCGGAAGGAUAUGGACUACUGGUUAAGCAGUGUUGGUCAGCCAAACCACGUAACAGGCCUGCCUUCAAACUCAUCGAGAUGCAUCUCGCUAUCGCGGCUGUUGAUGUACUCUCCACGGAACCUGAGGAUUACUUUAAGGCACAGCAAUCUUGGAAGAAGGAAAUACAGGAACACAUGAAGCAGAUGCCACUAUUUACUAGUACCGAUCCACGUUUCGAGGCUGAACUAAUCCGUCGGAGGAAGGAUGAACUGCGACACGCUCAAGAUGUCAGAGAACAUUAUGAGCGCAAGCUCGAACGCACUAACAACUUAUAUUUGGAACUAAACGCUAUUCUGCUACAAUUAGAAUUGCGUGAGCGUGAUGUGAUAAAACGACGCAGUUACGCUUUGCAUAAUCGCUUUGCGCUUACAAGACAAAUAGCACAAGACUUCAGCCGAACUCGCACAUUUGGAAAUAAAUAUCUGGUUUGUCUCAGGAGAGAACAGCAAACAACAGGAUACAAGCAGUAUAAGAAACGUCUUGUCCGUCCUUUAUUAAAGGCUCAAGAGAGGCUAUACCGCAGACGGAAUGGCACAGCGCAGUUCUCUUCCUCGACGCCAACUACUCCCCCAUCGCCCACUGCAGAUUCUCCGCAGAGCCCCGUCAAAGCCACCAUGUAUACUCAGCUGAAUGAAUCUAAUCAGCCGGAAACUGUUUUAGCAUCAAACAAUAGCUUCAAACAGCGUAAAUACAGGCAUCGUAGAGUUGGUUCGGGUUGUGGUCUAAGUUCUAGUCCUAGAUCGAGUCCUCAUCGUGAAAGAAAGAGUACAGAGGUACCUGCAAGGUUUGUUGACAGUCACACACAAACGGACAUCACGGACAUCAAUGAAACGGAUCACAUUCCAAAUGUAGCACUUUCUUUAUCGGAGAAGUCGUUAGACCUCAUCAGAAGACAUUCAUUGAAUAAGCAAGCAACAGAAUGCUUAAAUGGGAAUCCAAUUUUGCCGGAAACGCACUAUCCGAUACAUACUAAUUCAUGCUCUAGUCCUGAGCCCUUAAAUGAAAACUCCAAUGGAAACGAACGUUUGAAGGAUUGUAGCGACGACGACAAUCUUGAGACUCUCGGCAGAAAAGUCAGCGAAAUUAUUAAUGCAAAUCGUCUUAUCAUUGAUAAUGGAAAUGGCGAUGAUAUUAUACUCUCCCACAGUAGAAAUAAAGAAGAUUCAGGCAAAAUAUCUGGACACUAUAUGGAACAAUCUGAUAUUAAAAUACGAGCUUCUUCGGACAAUACAGAUGACCGCGAGGAUGAUGCUUGUGAAGAAAGCUGGUCGGAUGAAGAGGGAGAAGAUCCAAGCUAUACUUAUAAUUAUUCUUUAAGACGAAGAAGUAUCGCAAGGAGGCCGAUCGGUCCCGGAUGCAGAUUACGAAGAUCUAAAUUAACAAUAACACCCGGAAGAAUACAAGGGGCAUUAGCUUCUGAUGAGGAAAAUACUUCUGAAUAUUCGCAUCCUCCGUCCAGUCAGACUUCCACCCUAGAAAGUAAUCCAGAUGUUCAAAGAGUUCUUCGUAAUAUACAUCAUUCUCAAAAAAGAAAGGAAAUAGACGACGUUUCUGACACAUCGAGUCAAUCGGAAACGGACGAAGUCAGUGAAGUUACAAUUGCAUCUCAACCGGCGAACGGAUCUAUGAAGAUGGAAAGCCGAAUGUAGAUUAAUUAUUAGUAUAAUUUUUAUAUCUGAUUUAUCAUUGGUUUAUAAGUUAGAGUUACUGCCUGAGUGAAAUUGAAUAAUCAUGUCAUUCUUCAUUCUGUAACUUAUGUUGAAUAUUGUAGAUAUUUAUCUAUUCUAUACAUCUAUAUAUGUAUUUUAUACAUAUAUAUGUAUACACACACAUACAUAAUGACAUACAUAUAUAUAUUUGCAUCCACAUCUCCAUAUAUAAACACGUAUACAUAUAUUAAAAAUAUGUAAUAUUAUUUAGGAAACAAUUGAUUCGGUAUAUAAUUCAAGUCGAGAUUUUCCUUAAUUUUUUUUAACCUAAUAAUUUCCAAAAGUAUUUUUCAUCAAUAUUUAAUUAUAUCAUUUAUAUAAAUUGCAAAAAGACAGAUUAAUAUUGCUCAAGUUUGAGUUAUUAUACGCAAUUUUUUAUAGCAUAUACAACAUGAAAACAUGAGUGUAGUAUAAUUUUCAUUCAACAAAUCUAGAUACUGCUUCGAAGGAUAUUAUUUGCAAAUGCAGUGAUUACAUUAAUAUUAUUCGAAAUAACUAUGUACAACGGGCAUUUUUAUGCUUAACACUCACAUUAACUUCGCUAUAAUUAUCAUUAAUAAAUGUAUUGAGUUUGCUCGAUGUACUGGGCAGAAAUAUCAUGUAUUUAUUUCUUUCAUGGCAUCACAUAUUUCGUAUUCACAGUUCUUUCUUCAAAUACGCAUAUGUACUAGGUCACAAAUUUGAUUUCAAACUAUGCAUAACCAUUGCCAUAGAAAUAAGUUUUUAUUGUAAAAAUGCAGGCAGCAACAACUCUUUAAAUUCACGUUUCUCUACUUAUGUAUGUGUUUGUGUUUGACGAAAUGAAAGGGCAGCUGUAAAUAUGUAAGAUGCUUUCAUAGUUAUGAAAGCAUCUGGCCGAUGAUAUUAUGUACAUGCAUAAUUUGGGUGGAAGCCCAGACUUUUGUAUAACACAUAAUGCACAACACAUAAGAGAAUCAAUCAAUCAGAAUCGCCUAUUUCCUUCCCCGGGAUAGAAGUAAAGGCCUCUGAUUGGCUUAUUUUCUUAUGCGUUAUGUUCAUACAUUAUGCAAAAGUCUAUGAUCUCGCUCUUUAAAUGCAUUCUCUUAAAAGAAAAGAACUUAAUGAACUUCUCGAAACAGAAUAAGAAUGUACAACGUAACGUUAAUGAAUUUUAUUAUGACAUAAGUGCCUAUGGCAAUUUGCAUGCAUCGACCGCGUCUAGUAAAAGUUAGAGAAUUGAUAAUAAUAUGCAAUUUAGUCUUUGAAGCAUGUAUUGAAAGAUAUUGUUGUACCUGUACGAUCUUUUAUAUUUGCAAUAUAUAUGGAUACGAAGAUGUUAGGCAAAAAUCGAAAAGUAAGGAAAAAAUACAAAAAUGUAAAACUCUCUUCCUUGGAAGCUAUUGUAUUUACAAUAGAAGGGGUACAUUGUACUGUCGUAUAUAUUUUCCAAGCAUGUGCUCAUACGUAAGAAACUUAAUUCUUUUUUUUUUUUUUACUUCACAGCCAACAAGAGUCAGAGAGCAUAAGUCUACAGUGACUACUGUACUUAUUGAUUUCAGUCUAAGCAUUUAAUAUAUAGUUUAAGAAGUGAAUUGUAUUGCGCGAAAUAUAGUUAAACAUGGUGCAGGUGGUUACACGAGUUUCAAAACGAAGCUCAAACAAUAGCACUGGACUGCACGCGAACCUCAUACUCAUUCCGCGAGAACUAUUGGUACUAAUUAAUUAUUGUAAGUUGUAUCUCUCUGUUUUACACGCGCUAUCUACAAACUAUUUCAUUUACUUGAUUACAGGAAAAAAAUGUUUUGCAUCCAUCUAUUGUACCUGCUUUGAAACUCAAAUUGCCUUAAUGACAAUUAUACAUCUGUAAUUGUAAAUAUAGACAAUACAACAGGAACUUAGCGGAUAAGCAUAAAGAAUAAGAUAGAAUAAUAAUUUCGAUGUGCUCAUCUGAACGAAAUAAUUUACGAGGCAUAUUAUAAAUAGAGAGAGUACUUUGUAGUAAUCAUACGUAUUGUAUCCAUCAUACUUAUGCGAGUAGUUGCAUAAAUUGUUCCUUUUUGUGCAGUGGCAGCUAAAAAUCUGACUAGUUCUAUUAUUAUAUAAUAAUAGAAGCAGUACACAAAAUUUGUGUUAUACAUAAAAUAAAGUUGAUUUACACAA